CCCUUCUAUUGUUGUAUUAAUAUUAUUAAACCAAUUUAGGUCUUUAAAUAUCAUAAUGACAACAAUUCAAAUUUUUUCAAGUGAUUUAAAGUGGUGCAUAUUUUUUUUCUUUACAAUUUCAAUGCUUCCAACUUCAAAUUCAAAACAGUAUAGAAAAGAUUACGUAUAUAAUAGAAAAAGUGAUGCAUUCUACAAAUUUCACAUGGAGGCUGUGCUAUUCGCUCGGACUGAGGAAAUCUGUGCCCUAGAAGGAGCAACACUCAUGGUGCCCAGGUCUGAUGAAGACAUAUCACAGGUGCACGGCAUGUUCAAACAAUACCCUGAUAUUGGCGACUUGGCUUGGAUAGGUAACGAUGGGAACAAGCACGAUUCGAUUGAAGAAAUUCCCCUCAUAAACUUAGAUGAAAACGUACGCACAGACAUCCCGAUUCGAGGAACCCUGUGGGCUGAAUGCGAUGUGAUUGAGCGGACGGGUGAAACACGACGCCACAUCUGCUACCGACAACUGCCUUUUAUAUGCAAGGUGGACACAAAGGAUGCGAUUGAAGAUAAGCAAUGCAAAGUUUUUGGCAAAGGUUACAGAUAUUACGAAAACGUGGGUAGUUGUUACAAGAUCCCAGAAUUAGCGCUGGAAUGGAACGAAGCUUACGCCGAGUGUCACGCUGAAGGCUCUCACCUAGUAGUCCUCAACUCCGAACUCGAACACCAGGUCAUAUACAACAUUACAAACCAAUACCACCCUGUAAAGAACGCUUGGACAUCCUGGUCCUUCUACGCUGGCGUGAGAGCAGAGAAAAAAAGAGAUAACUCGCCAAUUGUGUUUAAAACAAUUUUUAAUCAAACUUUAGAGGAGGCUGGCUACAGCCAGUGGAGUGAAAAUGAGCCCAAUAACGAUCAGGGCCACGAGUACUGUGUCACGAUAUUCAAGAACGACGGCAAGUACAACGACAUCUACUGCAAGGACAAAUACGCGUUCAUUUGUGAGAAUGAAGUGCAAAAAACUUCAUAAUUUUAACUGCGAAAAUAAAUUAAAAAUUAUAA